AAAUAUUUUGCCGCGUUGUGUAAAACUCCCAGGCAUUUUCUGACAUCUUACGAGGCUCUGCAGGAGCUUCAUUUAUAUCUACAAGUAUUAUAUAAUUGCUUGAGACUGAGUGGACCGGAGCUUUUUGGACCGGGCUGAAUAUCACCACACCUUGUUUUUUGGACAACUUCAUCCAUAGGGCUUUACAUCAUACUCAACUGGAUACUUACAUCCCAUUGCACUGCAAGGAAUAAUAAUUCAGGAUCUGUAUUUUUUCUUAUCAUCAAUGGCAUGGCUUUUGAAGAAACUUGAUUUUUCUUGAAGCGUUUGGAAAAUUCUGAGGAAAAACUUACAACUAAAGUUACUGUUUUGAAGUAAAGUUUCACUAAAACGAUGGAUCAGCAAGCAGCUGGAGGGGAGGACCCAAAUAAACCUUCCAAAAAGAAAUCCAGCGAAGAUGAGAGUAAAAACAAAAAACUGAACAUACACAUUAAAACAUUGGCUGAUGACAUGCGUGACCGAAUCACCAGUUUUCGAAAGCAAGGCACGAAGAAGGAGAAGCUCCUCAUCCAGCACCCCACGGACCCUCUCUCCCCCCAGACAGAGCUGCCCGUGCCCCAGCCACUGUUUGACGAACGCUCAUGGAACCUGUCGGAGAAAGAGAUCAUUGACCUAUUUGAGAAGAUGAUGGAGGACAUGAACCUGAAUGAGGAACGGAAAGCCCCCUUGCGUGGUAAGGACUUGAGCACCAAACGGGAGAUGGUGGUCCAGUACAUUUCCGCCACAGCAAAAUCUAUAACUGGGAGCAAAGUUCCGGGUGGACUGAGGAACAGCAAGCACGAGUGUACGCUGUCGUCACAGGAGUACGUGCACGAACUACGCUCAGGCAUCUCCGAAGACAAACUACUCAACUGUCUGGAGUCCCUGCGCGUGUCCUUGACCAGCAACCCCGUCAGCUGGGUGAAUAAUUUUGGCCAUGAGGGUCUCGGACUUCUUUUGGAUGUGCUGGAGAAGCUGCUGGACAAGAAACAGCAAGAGAACAUUGACAAGAGAAACCAGCAUAAACUCAUUCAAUGCCUCAAGGCCUUCAUGAACAAUAAGUAUGGCCUACAAAGGAUCCUUGGGGAUGAACGAAGCCUCCUCCUCCUCGCGAGGGCAAUUGAUCCCAAACAGACUAAUAUGAUGACAGAGAUUGUCAAGAUUUUGUCUGCCGUCUGUAUUAUUGGAGAGGAGAACACUCUGGAUAAGAUCCUGGCAGCCAUGACCAUAGCAGCGGAGAGGAAUAAUAAGGAGAGGUUUGCACCGAUAGUGGAAGGGCUGGAGAACCAUGAAGCCCAGCAGCUGCAGGUGGCCUGCAUGCAGCUGAUCAAUGCCCUUGUUACCUCUCCGGAUGAUUUAGACUUCAGAAUACAUUUACGAAAUGAAUUCCUGCGCUGUGGCCUCAAGAAGAUCCUACCGGAGCUGAAGGAGACAGAAGAGCUUGACAUACAGUUGAAGGUCUUUAAUGAAAAUAAGGAGGAGGAUUCGAUCGAGCUAUCUCACCGACUGGACGACAUCCGCGCUGAGAUGGAUGAUAUGGGUGAGGUGUAUCAUCUCUUGUCCAACAUGGUGAAAGACACAUGUUCAGAGCAAUACUUCCUGUCUAUCCUCCAGCAUCUGAUGCUCGUCAGGAAUGACUAUUAUAUCAGGCCUCAGUAUUACAAGGUGAUCGAGGAAUGUGUGUCCCAGAUCGUCCUUCACCGCAGUGGGAUGGACCCAGAUUUUGGCUACAGAGAAAGACUGGAUAUAGACUUCACUCAUCUCAUCGACCAGUGUGUGGAUAAAGCCAAGGUGGAGGAAAGCGAGCAGAGAGCGUCUGAAUUCUCCAAAAAGUUCGAUGAGGAGUUCAGCGCACGGCAGGAAGCUCAGGCCGAGCUGCAGAAACAGGAGGAGAAAAUCAAAGGGCUGGAGGCGCAGAUCAACACCCUUCAGGCGCAGUUGACUAGUGAGAGAGACAAGCUCAAAGAGGCAGAGAAACGCAUCAGCGAAAGAGAUGUCAAGAUUGCGGCAGGACCUGGAGCUGGCAGUCUAAUUCCUCCACCACCACCAGGGGGCAUCGCGCCACCACCACCUCCCCCUCCACCACCUGGAGGUAUACCACCUCCUCCACCGCCUCCUCCUUGCCCGGCAAGUAUGGGACCUCCACCACCACCUCCUCCUCCUGGCUUCGGCCCUCCACCGCCACCUCCUGGUGGAGGCCCACCCCCUCCUCCCGGUAUGCCUUUAGCUCAUACCCCACCUGUUGUACAGCUGCCUUACGGGCUGGUGCCCAAGAAGAUUUACAAACCUGAGACCGUCAUGAAGCGGGUGAACUGGUCAAAGAUAGUGCCUCAGGAGAUGGCGGAAAAUUGCUUUUGGCUGAAAGUCAAAGAAGAGCGGUUUGAGAACGUGGACAUGUUCGACCAGCUUUCACUCGCCUUCUCUUCCAAAUCCAGAGUGAAAAAGGAUGUGGACGAAACAGAUGACAGGAUGACACAAUUCAAGAAAAAAGCAAAAGAGCUGCGAAUUCUCGAUGCCAAGACAGCCCAGAAUCUGUCAAUUUUCCUGGGAUCAUUCCGGCUGCCUUAUGAAGAGAUCCGGGAUAUAGUGCUGCAGGUGGAUGAGGAGAGGCUAAGUGAAGCGCUAAUCCAGAACCUGAUCAAAAAUCUUCCUGAGCAGAAGGAGUUGAGCAAUCUGGCUGAGCUGAAGAAUGAAUACGAGGAGCUUUGUGAGUCUGAGCAGUUUGGCAUUGUGAUGAGUUCAGUCAAGUUGCUGCGUCCUCGGUUGAACGGCAUUCUGUUCAAGCUGACGUUCGAUGAACAGGUGAACAACAUCCGUCCGGACAUCAUGAAUGUGACCUUCGCCUGUGAAGAGGUGAAGAAAAGUGAAGGAUUCAGCAUGCUUCUGGAAAUAGUGUUGCUGGUGGGGAAUUACAUGAACGCAGGCUCUAGAAAUGCCCAGACGUUCGGCUUCAACAUCAGCUUCCUCUGCAAGCUUCGUGACACAAAGUCAACAGACCAGAAUACCACUCUUCUGCACUUCCUGGCUGAAAAGUGUGAAGAGAAAUAUCCUGGGAUUCUUAAGUUCCCAGAUGAGCUUGAACAUGUGGACAGCGCCAGCAAGGUAUCUGCCCAGAUCCUGAAAGCCAGCCUGGACACAAUGGAACGUCACAUCCAGAGACUGGAGAACGACAUUCAGAACUUCCCUAAGAAUGAUGACAAACACGAUAAGUUUGUUGAAAAGAUGUCAGGCUUUUCCAAGCAUUCCAGAGAGCAGUACGAGAAGCUUUCUACCAUGCAUAAGAAUAUGCAGAAGCUCUACGAGAGCCUGGGAAGCUACUUCGCCUUCGACCCCCACACUGUUAGCAUUGAGGACUUCUUUGGAGACCUGGCUACCUUCCGCAACCUCUUUAUGGAUGCUGUAAGGGACAACCACAAGAAGAGAGAGAUGGAGGAGAAGAUCAAGAGAGCCAAGCUAGCAAAGGAGAAAGCAGAGCGGGAGAAGCAAGAAAGACAGCAGAAGAAGAAACAGCUGAUUGACAUGAAUAAAGAAGGUGAUGAGACAGGAGUGAUGGACAGCCUCAUGGAAGCCUUGCAGUCUGGAGCAGCCUUCCGUGACCGAAGGAAAAAAAACCCUCGCAACGGUGAUCAAAGCCCAUCCUGUUCUGCACCUUGGUGGCCGGGUGCUAACCAUGACAACCGUCGCACUGGUUUGGAAAGAUCCCGUUCACGUCACAAUCCAAACCCUAUGUUCCGAUGAUCGCUUGCCGGCUAAGGACGAGCUUUGCCAAGUGCCAAAGACCCAGAAGUGGGGAAGUUGAAGAGGGUUGAACAGGGAUUGAGAGAAAGCCACCCAGAAAGCCCUCCCCUUUAACAUAUACACACACACGCCCAAAUGAACAUGCAUACACAAUGAACCUCAAAGACGCGUGCUGCCGCUCACCCUUCAUCACAGGAUAACCAUGACUCUCUGUGAAGCCUUAUAUAUAUAAUGGUCCACUGGUCCUAUUGCAUAAAACCUAAUGAAUUUAGGUGUGUUUAUUGGAGAUGUUUGCUUGACUUUGUUAGUUUGUUAUCUUUAUGAUUGUCUUGGUUCUGUUUAUAUCUCACGACGCUAACUCCCUUGAUCUGGCUCACGUCCAUCCCUCUAUCUGCAAACAGUCAAAUUAUUGGCUGCAGUUUGAUUUCUCACUAUUGGAUUUUUCGGCACACAAACACGCUCUUUUUGUUGACAGAAUGCCUAAAGCAUCGAUAUAGAGUGUAUGGGUCUGUUCGCACCCCCCUUGGUUUUUAUUUCAUUUUUCAUUUUAUCAUCAGUCAUAUAUAUAUAUAUUCUCUGAUCACGUUUUUUUUCAUAUGUCACAGAUUUGAUGUAUGUAGCAACAUGAAAAAGCUGCUGAUUUUAGCAUGAACCUUUCCGGGUGUACACAUUUGUGAUGUGUGAGAUGCCACAAGGUACCCGAGAUGGUUGAACGUUAUUGCUCUUUAUCUACGGUAAACACUUCAAACACACAUAGACAUUUCUCUUGCCGAGUCAAAGGUUUUAUUAAAGCGAAUCUGCGGGUAUGUGAAGCAAGCACGAAUCAAAGCGAUGCCAUUCAUUCCUGUUUUCAGACGUGUCAUAGGUUUUAUGUACUUGUAGCUUUUAGUCAUCUAUGUAGGAGAGUAUUUUAGUGAACUGUAGCUUAUUGUGUGUGUGUGUGUGUGUGUGUGUGUGUGUGUGUGUGUGUGUGUGUGUGUGUGUGUGUGUGUGUGUGUGCGUGCGUGCGUGCGUGCGUGCGUGCGUGCGUUUGUGCGUGUGUGCGUGUGUGCGUGUGUGCGUGUGUGUGUGUGUGUGUGUGUGUUUUUUUCAAAAUCCAUUGGCCAUUUUUAAGAGCUCUUAGAUCUGACACCUUUUCCUCUCCAACUACAUUUUACCUUUUGAAUUGAAUAGAUUCAGAAACUCUAAGGACUGGAUUACUGAAAUUGUUACAGUGGUUAUUUUUACAGGGAUGUUUAAAACAGGGUAAAGAUGCUGUAAUUUUUACUAUAUAGCAUAUGAUGUUAAUAUGGGCUAGUCAUUAAACUUACAGUAUGAAGAAGCUCAUAGUACAAUACAUCCCUUUAUAAUACA